CUGACGAGGGUGGGCCGCGGCUCGGGGUGGAGUCUACGGGCAAAGGAUGUGAGCUCACAGGCUGCGAUUGCUGGCCGGCAAGGCGACCGCAGGUGUCGGCUUGAGACCCAGCGGAGAGGAGAGGCGGCCCCCGGGACGCGCUGAGAGUAUGAGGCUCUGGCCUCCACUGGCCACUCACUCGUGACCCUUCCACCACGGCGGAGCCUUCCAAGCCGACCUCCUGCCGUGUGGUGAUCUACCUGCAGCGGGAGAUGUCAGGGGAUACCUGUCUGUGCCCAGCCUCAGGGGUCAAGCCUAAGCUGAGUGGCUGCAAGGGAGGAGGCCUGGGUAACAAAUACGUCCAGCUCAAUGUGGGUGGUUCCCUGUACUACACCACCGUGCGGGCGCUAACCCGGCAUGACACAAUGCUCAAGGCCAUGUUCAGCGGACGCAUGGAGGUGCUGACUGACAGAGAAGGCUGGAUCCUCAUAGACCGAUGCGGAAAGCACUUUGGCACCAUUUUGAAUUACCUCCGAGAUGACACAAUCAUCCUCCCUCAAAACCGGCAGGAAAUCAAGGAAUUGAUGGCUGAAGCGAAAUAUUACCUCAUUCAGGGCCUGGUGAACAUGUGCCAGACUGCUCUGCAGGACAAAAAGGAUUCCUACCAGCCUGUGUGCAACAUCCCCGUCAUCACAUCUGUGAAGGAGGAGGAAAGGCUCAUUGAGUCCUCCACCAAGCCUGUGGUGAAGCUGCUGUACAAUAGGAGCAACAACAAGUACUCGUACACCAGGCCUGCUGGCCCUCAUUGGUUUUCCAGCAACUCCGACGACCACCUGCUGAAAAACAUCGAGCUGUUUGACAAGCUCUCCCUGCGCUUCAAUGGCCGUGUGCUCUUCAUCAAGGAUGUCAUCGGCGAUGAGAUCUGCUGUUGGUCCUUUUAUGGCCAGGGUCGGAAACUGGCAGAGGUGUGCUGCACCUCCAUUGUGUAUGCCACGGAGAAGAAGCAGACCAAGGUGGAAUUCCCAGAGGCCCGAAUCUAUGAGGAGACGCUGAACGUCCUACUCUAUGAGACCCCCCGAGUCCCUGACAACUCCUUAUUGGAGGCCACAAGCCGGAGCCACAGCCAGGCGUCCCCCAGUGAAGAUGAGGAGACCUUUGAAUUGAGGGACCGUGUCCGCCGCAUCCACGUCAAGCGCUACAGUACUUACGACGACCGGCAGCUCAGCCACCAGUCUGCCCAUCGCGACUGACAAGACCCUCUGGGAGUCAGGGCACAGGACACCCUGCCUCCCCUCCUGUAGACACCCCCUCCACUGGCCACCCCACACUGCUACUGGCUGAGUCUCUGCUCCAGCACCCAGAGGCUUGACAGGGCCCGCAUGAGGCUUCAGAGGGCCUGAGCAGGAAAGGGCCCACAUUCCCUUGCCCUGCUCCGUGAGCACUGUGGGAUGUCCAAGUCCUCGCCCCUUGGCUCAGCAGCUCCCUGCCUGCCUGACAGGGAGCUGCCUCUGCCCCUGGAGUGUGGAUCAGCCUGCCCCUCUCCCACUGAGAACAUUGCCCUUGGCCAGGGCUGAGCAGCUCUUUCCUCUGUUGAAGGGCUACUGUAGGGCUCAGCUAGGGAAUGGGUUCGUUCUGUGGGGAAGGCAGCUUCUGGUGCUGUGGAGGCCCAGUUUCUAACAAGGUGGGGCUCCUUUUUUCCUAAGGUAUUUAAGCACAGGCUUGAUGAGUUUUUUUUAAAAAUCAUCUAGGAAAUGCAUAGUUUUAAGUAAUAAUGAGGGGACUGGGUACUUCUGCUUCCCUUCCAGGGUGCUAAGACCCUGGGUCUGGAAGAACCCUUGGCCCUUUUUUGAUGCCUUUGGGAUCUGUUUCUUUAAAGCACUUUGUACUUUUGUUCAGAUUUGUAUUCUGCCCUGACCCACAUCUUUUUGACCCUUACCCCCUUCUUCCCUGCAGAAUCAGUCUGAGGGAGGGGAGAUAGAAGCAAUAGAAGACAAGUGACCAGCUUUGGCUUUGCCAGCCUGGCCAAGCAGCCAGCCUAGAGCGCACUGAGGAAAGGCAGUUUUGUAAGUUGGGACCUGAGGUCCUAAUAACAAUCCUAUGAGAAGGGACAUUGCACCCCAAUAUCUUAGAGUCACAGUGCUGACUCCUAGAGUCUAACAUAAGUUGCACCUUUUGACCAUCUUGCCCUCAGUUCCAAGGCAAGCUGCCCCUGCUUGCUGUAAAGCUAGAGAGCCAUUAUAGGGGGGUCAGGAAUCAUGCGAGUCCAGAUGAGCCACAGCAGCAAGGCUGUGGAGCCCAUGGGCACUGCACUUGCGUGCCCAUCAGCCAAGGACAGAGAACACAGAGCCUGCAGUCCCAGCAGCCUGAGCAGACAUGGUGUGUGCUUGGCCGUACAUCCUCUCUCCCCUACCCAUGCUGUGGUUAAGUGGCCUGGCUUGGGGGUGGGGGGUGAUUCUGCUCAGUGGUGAGUCCCUGAACACAGGAUGACAUGAGCAGCCCCUUGAAGGGGAGUCCCUGAACACAGGAUGACAUGAGCAGCCCCUUGAAGGGUUUUCUUUCUUUCUUGUUGAAUAACUUGGACAUGGAAAUGCCAAGCACCUGUUCUUUGACAAGGGUGUAAGCUUCUCUUCAAGGCUUUUGUUCUCAUUCCCCUGUUUGGCUUGGCCCUUGGAAGUCUGCUUAUCUGAAUUCUUUCCCAAAAGAGUACCAUCAGAGAAGGCGCUGUUCAGCCAGCCUAACAACACAUAGCCAUUAGCAGUGCCCACUCAUUGGGGAAGGGACAUAGGUUAUCAAGUUCAUUUCCCUUGGCUACUCUUACUACAGAUAGUGGUUGCUCAUGGUGACUCCUGGGCAGAUGCCAGGCCAGGGUUCGUAUGCAAGGACCUGAAGUGACAGGAUGGGGCAGGAGAAAUGUGACUCAUCAGGCAUUUUACACUUGUUGCAGCCUUGAAUGUUGACUUUAAAAGUGAGGCGCCCUGGUGAUCAGCUUGAACAGUUCUAGCUCUCACCGGAGUAACAGGAUGGCGGAUCAGUUUCUUUGGCCAGAUUCCGGCCUUGGCUUUGUGGCUUUCCCACAGGGACUGGAAUGCUCCUGCCUAAAGCCACUGGCUUACUUCCUCAGCUGCCCUUCCUCAGUCCCAGCUCCCCAUGGAGGUAUUUUAAUGUUUGUCCUUUGACUUUCUCUGUAGUCUGUCUUUACUGCUUUGACAUUCAGAUCCUCAGUGUCUCAGUGGUGACCAAUCUUUCUUGAGAAAGCACAACAUCUGGGACUCUGGGCAUUUAUCUCCUCUGAUUGAAAAUGUCUCCUUGGUCUUAAGUACUAACAUUGAACUCCCUGAAGUAAUCUUAGCUUCUUUAGUAAGAAUUCGUGGUGUAAGGGGUUGGGGCAUUUUGAGUUUCCUAACCCCUUCCAGGAAGCAGUUCUUGGCUGUGUGACUUUUUCAACUCCGAGCAUGGGAAGGCAGACAAAAAGCGUGGAUGAAGUUCAAACCUUGGCAGUUGCUGAGGAAACUGGGAAUCUGCUGUUAACCACAUGGACAGUGUUGUUAACAACAUGUUAACUGUGACUGUUAACAUGGGUUGCGUUCUAAUCAGUGUUACCUGACCACGCACAGUCUGUCUGCAGUAUGGCACUGGCCAUGGCAUGAGAGAACUUUGCCUUUAUCAAGAACUGCAGCUCCUUAUUGUUCAGCACAGGUGAUGGAAACAAACACUAAUUUCUAAUAAAAUUGUAUGACACUA